AGAGUUCACAUGCUCGGGGACUGGGGCCACUACAGGUGGCCGUGAUGGAGCGGACAGUCGUGGGUACGUGUUGUGAUGGGACAGUCCCGCCUCAGACGCUGGAUACAUAAAUCUCGUACGGCUGAUCGAGACAACGAGCCAAAGAACGGAUGGGCUUUCGGGGUUUGCCUUUGCACACCUCUGGGCAUUUUAAUUGCCAGGCGCUGCUCUGUUCCUGCUCGGACAUCCCUUCUUCGUCAUCAUAGGCCCAGAGGUAGCUGCGUUUCCAAGUCGGAUGACAGGGGACCUGGAUUCAGGGUUUUGAAACCGCGCCACAGGAUGGACCAGCGGAAGAACCUUCCUUUUGAGGAGCGCAUCUCAGGGGGUAUUUCAUAACGUAAUGCUGGGGCCAAAUCACGGCGCCAAUACCUAAGAUUACUGCUUGCUUGUGAUUAGUUGGUUUUAUCAGUUUAUUAGCAUGCAUUUUUCGAAGCUGCAGGUGAAGGAACACAAUAAGCUCUUGAAAUAGCGCCGCAAAUGUGACGCCCACCAUGAACCAGACGUCUAAUGCCUCAUCCGUGCAGGCGGGCCAGGCCCCUGGAAGCAGUCUGUGGCUGACCUCGCUGCUGGGCGCCGCCCUGCUGGCCAUGUGCGUGCUGGGCAUAGCGGGGAACGUGUACACGCUGGCGGUGACGCGCUCGGCGGCCGUGCGCCGCGCCGGCUCCAUGUAUGUGUACAUCCUGAACCUGGCAUUGGCCGACCUGCUGUACCUGUGCACCAUUCCCUUCGUGGUGGCCACCUACUUCGCCCGCGACUGGCUGUUCGGUGAGGCAGGCUGCCGUGUGCUGCUCAGCCUCGACCUGCUCACCAUGCACGCCAGCGUCCUGGUGCUGGCUGCCAUGAGCUUGGAGCGCUACCGCGCGGUCGCCAGGCCCUUCAGCGCCCGCCGCUCCUCCACCCGGCGCCGCAGGCUGGUGGCUCUGGCCAUCUGGGCCGCCUCCUUCUUCCUGACGCUCCCCAUGAUGGUCAUGAUCCGGCUCCGUGACGGCAAUCCGGGCCCGACCGGUCAGGCCAAGCGCAUCUGCUUUCCCACCUGGACUCCUGACGCCUUUAAGGCUUACCUUCUCAUCCUCUUCUUCACCAGCGUCCUCGGACCGGGCCUGCUCAUCGUCAGCCUUUACGCCGGCCUGGCCAGACGGUACUUAGCGGCCCAGUCGAAUUCAGUGGCCGGCAGCCGCUCGGCGCGGAGUCGAGGGCUAAAACAGAAGGUGGUCUCCAUGAUCUUCUGCAUCAUCCUGGCCUACUGGGCCUGCUUCCUGCCCUUCUGGGCCUGGCAGCUGGCCAAGCUCUUCUCUCCCAGCUCCCUCCGGACCCUCUCCCCAGCCACUCACACCUACAUCAACUUCCUCGUCACCUGCCUCACCUACGGCAACAGCUGCGUGAACCCACUGCUGUACACGCUGCUCACCCGCAGUUACAAGGAUUACCUGGCCCAGAAGGGUCAGCCGUCAGGAACCAGCUGGGGGGACGCGGCCGGGCCAGCAGGGGGCGCAGCGGAGUGAUGCCCUUCAACUGGCUGUCAAGGCCGCCUCUGCAUUUGCUCCGCCUCCAAUAAAACAUGUCUAGUUGCAUGACUUGUGCCGUUAGUAAAAACUGUAAGAAAAGAAUUUGAAACAAAAAAACACAGAGCUGAGGUUCAGCACCUUUUCUCAAAGAGCUGUCAGCCCUGCAGCCCACGGUGCUGAGAAGCAGAUGGGCGAGAGCAGACGUUCAUUCCUGGCAUCAAGAAAAUUGCCUCCAAAAAGGGACUCCUUAAAAAAAAUAACACUAAACUUUGGAAUCUUGGUAUCCUAUGGCAAACAGCUGCUCAUGAGGCUGUUUGGAAGAUGGUGCUUUUUGGGGGGCAGGGUGAGCAAAUUCUAGAGACCCGAGUUCACGUUUAUCGCAUGGUCUCCAUGACCUAUUGCGGCUUUGGAAGCAAACAUUCGGUUGGCAAACUGUCACCUUCACAUUUCUGUCUGUGACUGAAUCCGGAAUGAAUAAAGGAUGAAACCUGGAGCAUCAUGGGUAGGUUUUAUGAGUACAUCAGCGGUGGGUGAAUCAAGUUAUUCCACAUAAACAGAAACUGCCAUCAGUGUGAGAAAACGAUUACAUUGAUGCAAUUUAUGACUCAUCACUGUGGCUUGGCCAUUGCACUUGUGCACGUUUGCCACUCACUGCAAACUCUAUUCGCUUUCUGUCUUUUUUAUGGCUUCAUAUUAGCGGUGCUGCGUGAAUCAUAUUAGUGGGACGUGAGUCAUACCCUGAAGAUCGCUAGUUCGUGUCCCAGAUGUAACACCUGCAGGGUUUAGCACCCUUGAACAAAAUACCGACCCUGAACUGAUUCGGUUAAAUGCCAAACGGGACGAGCGUGAAGAUAAGCAGCUAAAAAGGUUAUUAAUUUUUGUUUUUCCUGGUGCCCAUUCCUGUCACACUGUGGGAAUAAAUGGCUUAAAUGAAAUAAGUUUUUUUGAGUCUUUUUGGUUUUCGGAGAAUGUGCCUUUUUAACUUGAGCUUUC